CUUUAACGAUCGAAAAAGGUAAAUCGUAUCUCGGCGCGAAUAAACAAAUUCCAGCUAGACUAUCUUUAGAAACCCCUUCCUUGAAGAAGGUGAAGAACAAACACCACUCGAGGCCCCACCAAACCUUCCCCAAAGGAAAAAGGUUCCAGCGCUCGAAGACGAGAGCAAAGAGAAAGCAAAGCCAGCUACUCCUCCUGCUCAGCCUCCCAGCAAAGCUGUUGACCCCGAAGCUCUCAAGAGACAAACUGCCAGAGAGAAUAUAUUCAAAAAACUAGCAAAGAUGGAUCGCUUUGACGUGAUCAAAUUUGAAGAUCUUUCCGGUCCAAAAGGCGGAGACUGGGUCCGGGUCGGAGGUGGAAGUUUCGGAGUGGUCUUUCGAGGUGAAUAUCUCGGUACAGAAGUUGCCAUCAAAGAGGUUCUCCCGAACAACACAUACGAUGUCGAGAAAUACUUUGAACGUGAAUGCGUUCUGAUGAAAGAAGCAAGACACCCGAACAUCGUUCAAUAUAUCGGUCUCACAAAGAGCCCAGGUCUAGACGGAAGAAUCUACAUUGUUUCCGAAUUUGUUGGACCAAAUGUACGUCAACAUAUCGCUGACAAAAAGAAGCCUUUCGAUUGGCCGCUUCGUAUCAGCUAUGCUACGGAUAUCGCAAGAGCUGUUGCUUAUCUCCAUGCACGUAACUGCAUGCACCGUGACUUAAAGGGUGAGAACCUUCUCGUCACUGACAAUCAAAGAAUCAAAGUUUGCGAUUUCGGUUUCGCAAGAAUUGCAGCGCGCAAUCAAGAAGAGAUGCGCCGUAUAAGUUAUUGCGGUACAGACGGAUACAUGUCCCCAGAGAUUUUGAUGGGUGUCGAUUUCAGUUUGCCAUCUGAUAUUUUCUCUUUGGGUGUCAUCUUUUGUGAGAUCAUCUCUCGUCAUCUCGUCGACCCAAGCACAUUCAAGCGACAGCUGCCAAGCUUUGGAGUGGAUGUAGACGAAAUCAAAGAGAUGGCAAGUGACGGAUGUCCGGCUGAUUUCAUUCAAUUGUGCAUUGAUAUGACAAAGAUCGAGCCAGAUGAACGACCGGACAUGCGACAAGUCAUUCGACGUCUUCGUGUGAUCGAACAAGAGAUCGUCAACCGUGAGUUUAAGAAGGGAACAUUGAACAAUGUUGGAAGCUUGCGUGGCCACAGCUUGGCUGCAGUUCUUGGCAAUAAAUCAGCCAAGAACAAGAAAUCAACUGCACGCCGAUUGCCAAGCUUUGAAGGUCAGAUAAGCACAUCGCAAAUAAACAAGAUUCGACAAACACCAAUUCAAGAAGAAUCACAUGAACGAAACGGAUCGGACAGCAGCGAUGAAGAUGUUGAAGAAGCAUUGCGUGCUCUUGAGAAGAUGACGAUCGGUCAAAAGAAUGGAAGUCAAAUGGUUGCAGAGACGAUCCAAGCUGCAGGUACUUACAAGGUUGCCGGUCACGGUAAUCCUUGGUGGGAUGAAACGGAUAACGAGACCGUACCCGCUGCUUCAUGGAUGCAACACAUGCCAUCUACUAGUAAUUCAUCGGCAUGGAGGAAUCUUGAUGUAGAAGCAAAUGACAACGCCAAAUCUUCAUCGACAAAGGAGGAAGAAUACAGUACCUCGGUCGUACGUCCCUCAAGACAAGUGGUUCACCCUUCUUUGGCAUCAUCAUUGUCUAAAAUGACGGGUAACGCUACAAUGAAAGGCGAUGAAGGCGUUGCGGGAUCUACGGCUACUGUCCGUCAUCGUGCGCCUCUCAGUCCUUUGCUUGACAAUAAUGGAUCUACUCACUCUCAUGCCAAACGUGAGGCGUCUGAAGCCGAGACAUUGAAAGCCGCCGAUGCAGACGAUACUACUCAAUCCUACAUGACUGCACAUUCGUCUGAGCAUGAUCACCACGAUCACCAUCAUGGAGCUGAUCCAUCCUUGGCAAUGGCAACGAUCGCAUCGACAAUCUGUGAAGCCAAUGCCUUGUACCAUAGAUUCACAUUGGUGAAGAAUGGAACACGCAAGCCAAGUGAGAUUAUGCCACCUUCUGCCAAUUUACCAAAUUCAAGCAAAUUACCUUAUCAACUAAUCUUGGCAAACGCAUUAACGAAAUGCAACGUUUGUUUGAAAAGACUUGGAUUUGGUGCUUAUAUGGAUUGUGAUGAUUGUCCUUAUAAGACCCAUGUUGGUUGUGCGGCAAUGGCAGAACCUAAUUGUCAAGAAAUGACGAUUCCAGGUGCAGGUGGAUCAGCAAAUGGAAGUCCACUUCCACGUUCGCCAAAAAGACAAGAUUCUUUGGAUGUGAUAGAAGAAGAUUCGAUCGCUGCUCAACAAACUACACAAACAGGUGGUGGUGAAUCGAUUGCAAGAACGUCAAGUCCAUCAACCAAACCAUCAACGGCAAAAAGUCCACCAAGCAGUCUUUCUAAAGGUGUUGCGUUUUUGCGAAAAAGGCAUUCCAAAAGUCCACCACCUAAAUCACCAAAUUCACCUCCGGCGGUUGUGCGAGCAUAAAAACCAAAUGAGCAAAUAGACUUUUUGUUUUUAUUUUUUCUUUUCCCAUUUUUCGUUUUCUUAACCCUUUGUUUAUUUUUUUCGUUCUUCUUGCUAAUUUCAUCUUUAACGCAUCAAAGAGCGUCUUUAUUGCUACGCAAUCUUAUCAUCCAAUCAAGAUCAUUCAUCUCUUUUUCAUCUUUCAAACUCUUUGCUCUAGCUCUCAGCUCAUGUACAUAUUACGCUUAUCAGAGAGAAAUUGAUAGAUUCAUAUUCUUACAAGCUUUUUGCGAACUUCAGUGCAGCAGGAGAGCUCUGAAGGGAUGAGAGUAAGAGUUAGAUAAUGUGUGCUUACAUUUGCAGCAAGUUUCGGACAUACUCACCUCUGCUG